GUGAUGAACAGAACACUAUACGGUUCCUAUUGCUUUGCACCAGCACGUUGUUACAUUUUCUUCCAUUUUCUUUGUUGCUCUUCGAUCCGUCAGAGAGCCCAAUAGGACGGCGCCAGGUGGCACCCCCACCGUUCUAUUUAAAGUCUUCCUUUGCCUUGAGCUAGAGGCACAUCAAAUUGUUCCAUUUUCAGAAGCCAAAACAAGAUGAGGAACGCAAAGAGCCGUGUCGAUGAGACCGAGGCCGCCGCCGAGCACAUCGACCUCAUCCCGGGGAUGCCGGACGACGUCGCCGUCGACUGCCUUGCGCGCGUGCCGCACGGGGCCUACCGCUCCAUGCGUCGGGUCUGCCGCGGCUGGCGUAGCGCCGCCGCCGCGCCGGCCUUCGCCCUGGCGCGCGCCGAGGCCGGCGCGAACGAGGAUCUCGUCUUCCUGCUGCAGUUCAGCAACCCGGCCGCGGCGGCGGCCAUGGCGGACGCCGCGCCGGAGAGCGCUGCCGCCCAGGCGGCGUACGGGGUCGCCGUGUACAACGUCACCACGGGCGAGUGGCACCACGACCCCGCGGCGCCGCCGGUGCCGAUGUUCGCGCAGUGCGCGGCCGUGGGGAGCCACGUGGCGGUUCUCGGCGGCUGGGAUCCCCAGACCUUCGAGCCCGUGGCGGACGUCCACGUCCUCGACGCCGCGACCGGCGUCUGGCGGCGGGGCGCGCCCAUGAGAUCCGCGCGGUCCUUCUUCGCCUGCGCCGAGGCCGGCGGCAAGAUCUACGUGGCUGGCGGCCACGACAAGCUGAAGAACGCGCUCAAGACGGCGGAGGCGUACGACGCGGGGUGCGACGCCUGGGACCCGCUCCCUGACAUGUCGGAGGAGCGCGACGAGUGCGACGGCAUGGCGACCGUGGCAGGGGACAAGUUCCUGGCCGUGAGCGGGUACCGCACGGGGCGGCAGGGCGGCUUCGAGCGCGACGCCGAGUGGUUCGACCCGGAGACCCGCGAGUGGCGCCGCCUGGAGCGCGUCAGGGCGCCGCCGUCGGCCGCGCACGUCGUGGUGCGCGGCCGCGUCUGGUGCAUCGAGGGGACGGCCGUCAUGGAGUGGCGCGGGGAGCGGCGCGGGUGGCGCGAGGUCGGGCCCUACCCGCCGGGGCUCAAGCCCGGCACGGCGCGCGCGGUGGCUGUUGGCGGUGGCGAGCAAGUGGUGGUCACCGGGGCUAUCGAGUCCGAGGGCGGCGGCCGGCACGCGUUGUGGGUGUUCGACGUAAAGUCCAAGAGCUGGACCGUGGUGCGGCCUCCGCCAGAGUUCGCAGGCUUCGUCUUCUCCCUGGGAUCCGUCCGCGUGUGAUCGAUCAAUCAUUCCUUGGAUCCCAAUGGAAGAUUCUACGCGAGCGGUGACGGUGAGCACAAGGCAGAUGCUAUUUGUCGGCAUGGAAGUAUGAGAGACAAGAGCGAGCAAGAGCGGCGAGCACAAGGCAGAUGCUAUUGUUGAACUAUUGAAUUGUUCAACUGAUGGAGCUGGGGUGUAGUACUCGUUUCUGUAAAAUCAAAACGAGCUCUCUUUUUUGUCGACAAGAAGCAUGAUUAGUGCUGUAUAAGGUACUUGUGUUUCUGUUGCUGCAAUGGAAAAUGGGAGUCGCCCAAGCCGAAAAUCAAACAAGGAUGAUUAGUUGCACGAUACUUGACGGAUCUUGAUUCUUGAAUACAGUGGAACCAAACCGCAGGUAUCAUUUUCUUCAGUCAAAA